AUGGAGAAGAAGUUAAGGAUAAAGAAGAAAGUAUGGAUGGGGAAGAAGUUUGGGAUGGAGAAGAAGUUUGGAAUGGAGAAGAAUCUACUAAUUAAGGAAGCAGAAGAAGUUAAAGAGGAUGGAGAAGAAGUUAGGGAAGGAGAAAAAGUGAAGAAUGAAGAACAAGUUAGGGAAGGAGAAGAAGUUAAGGAUGGAGAACAAGUUAGGGAUGGAGAAGAAGAAGUUAAGGAUGGAGAAGUAGUUUGGGAUGGGGAAGAAGUGAAGAAAGGAGAAGAAGUUAAGGAAGAAGAAGAAGAAGUUUCGGAUGGAGAAUAA